AUGAGGAAGAGUGACGAACAGAAAAUACAUGUUACUGAAAUGAAGAUGUUGCGCUGGGCUGGGGGCAUUACAAGAUUGGACAAAAUUCGGAAUGAGUUCAUCCGAGGCUCUUUUAAAGUUGCGGAAGUACAGCAUAAGAUGCAGGAGAGCCGAUUACGCUGGUACGGGCAUGUAAUGCGUAGAGACAAAAGCCACAUGACACAGCGAGUAAUGGCUAUAGAUGAAGGCAAAAGAGGUAGAGGUCGCCCACUUACCACCUGGACUAGAACCGUUUUCAAUGACAUGAAAACUCUGGGCCUAACACCAGAAAUGACACAAGACCGUAUUAAAUGGCGGACAAGUAUCAGGAGGGCCGACCCCAAAUAG